CCGCCCCCCCCCCCCCCGCCCCAGUCCAUCCUUGUGUCCGACUCUCCUGUCCUCCAGCAUUGUUAUUUCCCCGUCUUUGCUUCGCUGCUGCUGAUGUGUGGGGAAAUGCUCUCUCGGCGUCCUCCGCCCCCCACGCCCAGUCCUCCGGGAGGCCCAGAAUUCCAGCCCCCUCCUCCCCGUGGGGAAUAUUCUUGGGAACCAGGUCUUCCCCAACAGAAUCUAGGAGCUUCUAGCCUUUCGCUUGGGCCCCCUGGUCCCCUCCUUCCCGACAGGGUUUCGUUGGAAGGAAUUAUGCAAAUCCUGCUUUCUGGUGUCCAUUCAGCGGCAAUUUCAUGCGGGUUUGAAAGUAUUUUUGAAGGGCUGUUUGGACCUGGAUUAUUAAAAGAUCUCAGCUUAUUUAAAGACUGUGAACCUGAAAGCAUUUCUGAUUGGACCUUUGAUGAAAAUUGUCUAUUCUGUUGCUUGAGAAGAGAUAAAGUAAAGGGACACUUAGUCGAUCUGGAUGAACCAGCUUCGGGAGCUGGGCAAGAAGCUCUGCUUAAACAAGGGCAAGCAAAAAUCAUUCGAUUCGAGAGACAAGCAGAAGAGUUCCUCAAUGCAGUCUUUUAUAGAAAAGACAGUCCCUGGGUCUCCGACCCCAAUAUUCCCCUAGUGGCCCGUGAGAUCAUGCAGCGAAUGAUCCAACAAUUUGCUGCUGAAUAUACCUCAAAAAAUAGCUCUACUCAGGACCCCAGCCAGCCCAAUAGCACAAAGAACCAAAGCCUGCCGAAAGCAUCUCCAGUCACCACCUCUCCCACGGCUGCAACUACUCAGAACCCUGUGCUCAGCAAACUUCUCAUGGCUGACCAAGACUCGCCUCUGGACCUUACUGUCAGAAAGUCUCAGUCAGAACCUAGCGAACAAGACGGUGUACUUGAUCUGUCCACUAAGAAAAGUCCAUGUGCUGGCAGCACUUCCCUGAGCCAUUCUACAGGCUGCUCCAGUACUCAAGGGAACGGGCGACCUGGGAGACCCAGCCAGUACCGCCCAGACGGACUUCGGAGUGGUGAUGGGGUACCUCCAAGAAGCUUACAGGAUGGAGCCAGGGAAGGUUUUGGACACUCCACAUCACUCAAAGUUCCACUGGCUCGAUCUCUGCAGAUUAGUGAAGAACUACUGAGCAGAAACCAAUUGUCCACAGCUGCCAGCCUUGGGCCAUCUGGAUUACAGAAUCAUGGACAACACUUAAUAUUAUCCAGGGAAGCCUCUUGGGCGAAACCACAUUAUGAAUUCAACCUCAGCCGUAUGAAAUUCAGGGGAAAUGGUGCACUCAGCAACAUCAGUGACCUUCCUUUUCUUGCAGAAAACUCUGCCUUUCCAAAAAUGGCACUUCAAGCAAAACAUGAUGGAAAAAAGGAUGCGAGCCAUUCAUCUCCUGUAGAUUUAAAGAUACCGCAAGUUCGAGGAAUGGAUCUUUCUUGGGAAUCUCGCACUGGUGAUCAGUACAGCUAUAGCUCUUUGGUAAUGGGUUCACAAACGGAGAGCGCGCUUAGUAAAAAAUUAAGGGCUAUUCUUCCAAAACAAAAUAGAAAAAGCAUGCUAGAUGCUGGACCUGAUUCUUGGGGCUCAGAUGCUGAGCAGUCUACCUCUGGACAGCCAUAUCCCACAUCGGAUCAAGAAGGAGACUCUGGCUCCAAGCAGCCUCGGAAGAAAAGAGGGCGUUACAGACAGUACAACAGUGAGAUACUGGAGGAAGCAAUCUCAGUGGUUAUGAGUGGAAAAAUGAGUGUUUCCAAAGCUCAGAGUAUUUAUGGGAUUCCCCACAGUACACUGGAGUACAAAGUAAAGGAGAGGCUGGGCACUUUGAAAAACCCUCCAAAGAAAAAGAUGAAAUUAAUGAGGUCGGAGGGGCCAGAUGUUUCCGUAAAGAUUGAAUUAGAUCCCCAGGGAGAGGCAGCACAAAGUGCAAAUGAAUCAAAAAAUGAGUAGGAAUACUGUAGAGUGCCAAUUACUGUACAAACUGGGUGAGCACUACUGCAUUGUUUAGCUAUCAUUGCUUGCACCUAACUUCAUUUACUGUGACACCUGUUUCUUUGCAGAUUUUGCAUUGACUUGUGUGUACAGAGAUGAAAGGUGCAUUCAGAAUGUGCAUAUUUUAAAAUUUCCAUGUGCAGUAUGGCUCGGAAUAUUGUUUGGCCUUUUGCAUGUUUCUCUACAAAAGAGAAUUGAGUUACCUCACAGAGAACACAGAUACAUGGAAGUGGACUCUUUGCCUGUAGAGCCUGCAUGCUUUUCUUUCAUUUUAUAUUGUGUUUUUUUUUCCCCCCCUUAAGUUAUAUUUGCCCCCCGACCCCCGUUUUUUUUAUUUUUUUAAAGAUGGAAAAAAAGCCCCCUUUUAGAAACCACCUCUGUCGUACUGGGAGCUUUAUCAUUGCAAAUUGGAAAGCCAUCUUAUUAAAUUAUUCACAUUUUUGCUUCUAAGAUUCAACUAAUGGAAGGAUUAAACUAAAGAAAACACUUAUAAGAAGAAUAAUGAACUCUUUGAACUCAAGAAAUUUGGUUAUCCAAUGACCAAUUUACAUUUUAUAAUUUUCUUGUCACUAUUAAAUUUACUUAAUAAAUUAGCAGUCUAUUCAGUGCUCACCCAGAGGGGUAAGAGGUGGAAAAGGUACACACACUACCUUCAGUGAUAACUUCAGUUAAUUACUUUGUAACACUACCUUUGCUGUAAUUUCAUUUGAGAUUUUCUAAGGGUAGAAUUUGGUCUCACCAACAAGUGAGGAUACAGCCUUAUCUCAUGGAGGACGAGCUCCGUUCUUACUCAGAAGCAGUCAGGGUACAUUACAUAAAACGAUAGAGGAUGCCUCAUUUUAGCAAACUAGUUUUCUUUGUAUUCUUAAAUCCUUUUACAGAUUUGAUCAUGUGCUAACUAACGACUGAAUGUUGUUGUAUUAACUAGUUUAAAAUAUUCAAGAUCUGUUUAUUGGGGAUGGGAGAAAUAGGGAAAGAAAUGUGUAUAAGUAACUAUGAUACUGCAAAAGUGAUAUCUACGUUUUACAGACUCAGUAGUUUGCCUAAAUAUCCACACUAAUGAAUGACUCAUGUCUGUGGUGAGAGAAGAAACACAACCCCAGGGUAACCGAAUGUGAUUUAGGUUGUAUAGCGUUUCUAACAAUAAUUCAAUCAGGAGUCAAGCUCAUUGGAGUUUCUUUUUAAUUAAUCCAAAUACCAGUACAAGGGUGGCUUUUUGUUUUUUAGUUUUUAUUUAAUUUUGUUGGUUAGAUUUUUUUUCUUCUUGGCAUCCUACAUAAUAUCCCCUGUGUAAUGCUUUCUGAUAUUCACCUGAUUUUCAUGGUUGUUUAGCACACAUUUAAGGAACUUUCAGAUAGUGUUUGAACAAGUACUCCUUGAAGAACAUCUAAGCUUUCUUUUUUUUUUGAGAUGGGCUUUUUCAAUUAAAGUAAUUAACUUUGGAAAGUUUAUUUCAUACAGUUUUUUCAAGAAUAACUGAUAAGUAAAGCCCAUGGGAUUUAAUUUUGCAUUGUGACCAAAUUAAAAUUAACUAUUUGUGUAAAACAAAAUCCAUACCACAUACACCCUGUAUUCUAAUUGCUGGGAAAGAUGGUCAGGCCAUUCUAGUUUUCUAAAUGCUUAGCAAAAGAAAAAAAAUCACUAGAGUUUUUUGUAAAACAAAAUCAAACUUAGAGCAGUGGUUAAAUUGAGGUUGAUGAUUUCAGAUGGCUACUAACAGCUUGAGGAGGAGUAAGUAGGUCCAGUUAUUGUCCAGGCAUAAAUUCUUGCCUGAAAACUUUGGGGCAGUUAAUUAAAUUAGGUUAAGGAUGUUUUUCCCCCAGCAACCUAUGUGUUCAAAGGUUAGGCACACCAUUGCUGUUAUUAAAAUAUAUGCACUGCUCAUUCUUGGCAUAGUAUGGGCUUGUGUUCCUCUUUUGGUUUGGUUAUUUCGUGUAGCAGUUUAAUGAGUGGAUGACUGAGCCUGUUUCCUCUUAGCUUUCUAGUCUUCACAACAGAAAAAGCAGUUUGGGUUCAAAAGCAGUAUAUGACUCUGCAAUGUUUUCCAGCCUAGCUGGAAGUUGCAAUAAAAACAUGCUAUGAAAUGUUAUGAUUUUCAUCUGCAGUUGAAGGAAGUUGUAGAAAGUUUGCUGAAAGCAAAGGGUUAAGCUUAUGAAGAAAUGACUUUGUUUCACACUUAAGAAUUUGUCAGCACACAACUAAUUGUAGCCAUGGUGUCUUUUUGCGUGAUACUUGGAUUAUUCAGUAGCCCAAGAUUGCUGCAAAAAGGUUCUUUGAACAAUUAAUUUGUGCUUGCUUUCCUUAUCCCCCUCUCAGAAAGGCAUCAUUAAAGGCCCAUUUAAAAACCUGGCCCUAAAAUUCAACUUUUGUAGACUUUUACCAUUCAGAGAGGUUUAAUCCGAUGUGGUAAUCUAUAUAAGUGAUGUAUGAGUUGAGUUAUGUAAAUUUUGUCAUUGUAGUGUACAUGGAGUGAUCAUUUUACUAACAUAAAUAUUUUCUAUGUGUGUUUCAGUGGAUGACAAUCGAGCAGCAGAAGAAUGGUGUGCCUACCCUUUAAUGCUGCAGUUUAAAUAAGAGAACUUGUAUUGUGUCAUUUCAGAUUGUAGGCUGAGAGUUGUAAAUAGUGAAAAUUUGAGUACUUACUAUUUGUUUUGGUUAGAAAGUGAAUUUAAAAAACAAACCAAACUCUAAACUUUCUCAGAUUAAAAGUCCUGAGACCUGAAGAUUGUAAUAUUCAUGUCUGUGAAGCUUUUAAACAUUACACUUGAGAUCAGUCAUGACUUGAUAUUCAGGUAAACUUUCUUUUCCAAGAAGCUUUUGAAUAAGCAUAUUUCCUCCAAAGGUCUCUCUCUUUUUCUUUUUUUUUAAGUGUAGAUUAUUUUAAAGCACUAAUUGCAUUACACUGGUAACUGCAAUAUAAAAUAGCCAUUAUUGUUUUGUGAAGCAUGGUUGAAAUUAGAUAGUGGUCCCUUUUAAAUUUCAUGAGCCUCUCAAAAAAAAAAAUAAACUUAAAAAAAUUAAAAGCUGCUGAAUAUUUCAAAAGAUAUAUAUUUUACCUUAUUGUAGGUUUUGUAAAGUUAGUUUGUAAUAUUCAGGUGCACUUUUAAUGUUAAAUUUUGUGUUCAGAGUUCCAUUAUACCAUGUAUUUCUUGGAGGUGGCUCAUCACAUGGCUGGUUGUCAGUCUCGGUGCCGCAGUGAUCCAUUAAUGUUUUUCUUGAUUUGCCACACUAUUCUUUAUUGGCACUUUCAGUGUAGAUAUUCUGGUUUGGGGACGCCCUCAUAAAUGUGUAAUAGAGAUUGGUCUAUUCGCAUGCUUAAUUUCUGCUAAUCAGAGUUUUGCAUGGCCCAAAAAAUGGUUGACCAUUUUUAUGGUGUGGGAAAGUAUAGUUCACAACUGUUUUUGUCACGAAAAUUCUUUUCUCACAUUUUCCAGUAGGUGGAUGAUGACAUUACUCCAACUAAUGAUAGUUGGGAGAUAAUCUAUUUAAAAAUCAGUUCUUGGCGUUUUUAUGAGAGAACAUUGAUAUUAUAGAAUAGAUAAGCUAUGGCACUAUGAAAUCAAAAACACUACAUUCUGUGGAAGGGUAUCUUGUUUUUAUUAUUAGCUUUCUCAUUGCUGAGACAGUUUAGUCAUCAAACUUGACAGUAAUGUAGUAUAUUACUUUGUUUAGUAGGCUCAAAAGUGACUCUGAACUUUGUGAUGAGCUAUACACUUUUUUCUGUUUCCCAAAUACUAUGAAGGACAAGGUCUCUCUUUCAGGAAAAAUAAUUUAUAUUUGUGUGUAUAAUACUUUUUGAUAUUAAGUUUGUUGUUCUGAAGUUUAGAUGUUGCUUGAUAUACUUGCUGCAGCAGACCAUGAGUAUGAGUAAGGCUUUGUGUGGUAAUAGGGGUCCUUAUGUGAAGUUAAUUACUGUUCAGUUCUGGUGAGCAAGCUCAACAAGUGUGAAGUGUGUAUUAGCUUUAUUUGGUACACCUUUACUUUACAAUAUUGAAGUGCUUUUAGAACUCUGGUUAUCUUAUAUAAACCAUUACCUCAACCAAUUGGCAUUUCCAUUCCCCAACGUUGUACCUGAGUUGUAACAUGAGCUGUAUGGGAUCAGACAGUAAAACAAUAAGGCACAAUGAGAAGUCUAGUUCCUAAUUUUCUGGAGAGAACUCUAAAUUAGAUGAAAAAUGACUACCUGUAAAGGCCCAUAUCAUAACUACCUUCUGUCAUUAGGCAGUACGUAGCAACCUUUGGGCUGCUUGUGAGCUGUAUGUUCUUCCUCUACCCCACGUAAGCACAUGGUGCCAGGCCUGGUUCUAAGCCUUUGUGAUUCUCUUAUAUUUCAUUGCCCCAUAAUACAGUGAAGCUUAGAUUCAGUUAGUUAUUUUUAUAAAACAAAUUAAUGAAUCUUAGCUCAAUGUCAGAACGUGAAAUUAUUUUGAAUAGUUACAAAAGAUAUGACUGUUUGAUGUCAUUUUAUUUAAUAGAUUCUAUCCCUGUAGAUUUCAUUUGGAAACUACUUUUGCUUUUGUAAUUCUUCUUUCUGUAACUAAAUGCCAGAGGUCAUUUUCAUAUGAAUCAUUCGGGUUGCUGUCAUUGGUGAUAGAAUGUGGCAACAGACUGAAUUGUUCCACUUAAUGUUUUAUAGGAGACGUUUAAAAUUAUAUGUUAAGUUUUGGCCUUCACGAAGAUAUCAAAGAUUUUCCUUAUUACUUUUCCAUUAGAAUUAGGUCUUCAUUGAUACAAUGGUCAGGCAAGUAUUAUUAAAAAUUUGAUGGCUUUAGCCAAACAGCCUUCUUAGGAGCCUGUUAAGCUAUAUAGGGAUUUUUUUUUUUGAACUAAUUGCUUUCAAAAUCUCCUGAAAAGGAAAAAGUAUAAUUGUGGUUCAAGGAAUGCAGACCUCCAAACCCCUCCUCCUCAGUUUAUUUUGGAUUGAUUUUGUCCUUGAGACUUGAGUAGGAUUUGUGUGAACGUGGUGGCUGAAGGGAAAAUGGAGGAAAUUCUCUGCGUAUCUUUUGUCUCUUACUCCCAAAUAACCUUGCAGUAAGUAGCCUUUUAAAAAAGGACACAUUAGCCCUGUAGCAUAACACCAUAGGUGUGUGCCCUAAGGUAUUAUAAAAGCUUGGGGAAUGGGAAGGAAGGUGGGAGAAUAUGUAGGCUUUUGAGAAGAGGCUAACGAUUCCAGCCGAAAAUACUAAAAACUAGUCACAGGAUAGAUAAUUUGGUAAAGCUGGGCCAUCUUCAUUGAUUAUCAGAAAAGUUUUAGAUUGUUUGAAAAUGAGAAUCAAGGCUUAUUGAUGUUGAUUUGACAAACAAAUCAGGAAUUAAUCUUGCAACUAUUUGGGGGGUAAUUUUAAGGUUUCCAGUUCCUUUAGAGCUGUAUCAAUAAAAGCUGAAAAGCAAGCACUUUUAGUUAAUCAUAGAUUUAUUGGAUGUAGCAAAUAUUUUAAUCAUAAUAUUUAAUCUUUAUUGUUUGAAUGUGGAAAUGAACUUUUUUACCCUUUGUUGAGCUGUCAUUGUACAGGCUCAAGAUGAUCUUUUCAACACUGGAAAUGACCCUACACACAUACCAAAAAAAAAAAAUCUAAAGCAGUAAGACAUAUUUGAAGAUCCAUACCUCUUAGACAUUUUAGAUUUGUCUUGGGAAAGAAUUUAUGAACGUAUAACCAGUAUUAGUGCAGUCUUGGGUUCCUUGUUCUGCAUAAUUGCACCCUUUCUCAGGUAUGUCCUGAAAACAUAAAUUUUAAAAUAAUCUCUUUAGAGAUUAGAUUCUCAGUGGAUAGUGUGUAAGGGGACUGGGGGUGGGGGAGUGGGGUAGUUGGACACAGGACAUUGACACAGUAGAGCAGGGAUUUUUAACCGUCAAUAGCCAAAUAGAAUUUCAAUCUAGAAUAUAUUUGCCCCCUCCAAAUGAGUGAAACAACUCCUAUUUAAGUUUGGUAAAUACGCGGUGCUACACUCCUAAAAGUCGUUUCUUUCAUCCAGUUGACUUUUUUUUUUCCUGCUUGGUGGAAGGGUAUACAGUACACUUUGCUGUCGCUAGGAAAGCACUUGUCAGAAACAUUUGAAGUACUAGAAAAGGGAUAAUUCAGCACUUUUUCUGUUACGACACUAAAGUCUUAAUUUAUCUUCGGAGUCUUAGGUACUAUAAGUUUUAGGAUGAUUAUUUAAAAAUAUAAAAACAUACUACAUACAUAAUAUGGGGUCAGAUCACAUUUAUAUAAGUAAUCCUUAUUUUAAAAAAAAAGACAACAUUUUGUACCUUUUUAGCAAUUCCAAGUGAUUGCCUCGUUAUCCCAUUUCAUUAAGCAUUUCAGGCUUAAGAAUUGGAAUUUGAGAGGAGGUGAGGGGAAAAGUCCCCAACAUGAAAAAUUCAGUCAGACCAUUCUAGAAAAAUAAACCACUAGGAAUAAUGGGUAGGGAUUCUCUCUCCCUUUAAGUCUUCAGGGAAUGAGCAGUAUUUAGAAUCUUUGGCUGAAAUUCAAGCCUUUUUACUGUGUAAAUUUUUAAUAUUAAUUCACUGACAUGCUUUUUACAUCAAAGGACUGAAAAUGGAUCUUAAUAUGUUUUUAAGUUGUAGAAGGGUAUAUUUCUAAAAUGAGGGGGGAUAAUUAACUAGGUUAGUAUACCAGCAUUAGUAAGUUUAAGGAAUUUUAGUAUGUAAUAGCAAAGUGUUUGAUUAAAAGUCUAAUCCUAUAUUGCUAGUCGAAAUAGUUACAUUCUGAUCUAGGAAAGAUAUAGUCAUUGGAUAUUGAUAAUGCUGUGCUGUCAGAAAACCAGAUUAAGAAACCUUUAUCUGACUCCCACAUGUUGCUUGUUCUGAUGGGAUGUAUACUUUACAGCAGCUUAUUGCUGCUCUGAGAAGAAAUGUAUAAAAUAUACAUUUGGAGUGUUUGCAUAUAAUUCUUUAUAACCUCCACUUUAAAUUGUCAGACCUUGGUAUUUUAUCAGUCCACGUUGUUAAAUAAAACUAAUGUUCUUAGGAAUCCAACUUGUACACACUGUUUAAAAACCCUCAGGGACAGUUUACACACUAUUCUCACUCAAUUCAGGUACUUUGAUGCUAUUCUUAAACCUAACAGUGACUUGUAUUUUUCUGUUUUGCUUUUAUUUCUACGUGCUGGUAGCACAUCCUUGAUGAAUGUCAACUUAAAAACUCAGUUCAGGUAUCCAGGUAUAACUCAGCCAAACAGAUUUUAAAGCUGCAUAUAACUCUCCAGCACACGGUGCCUCACACUCUUAUAGUGGCAUUCUAUAUAUUCAGUUAUUACUACUGAGCAGAUAAUAUGGGGGUUCCUGUUAACAGUGUAUUUAAAAAAACAAAAUGUGCAUAAAUGUAUAGCCAGCACACCACACACACAUACACACAAGGUUAAAUGAUAUUUUUUAAAUGCCACUAAUAGCCAGCACAAUUAAAAAAACAUUCCUUCUGCUUCUGUAAACUGUAACAGAUGCAGUUCCUCCUUGAUGUGGCUCUUGCUUUUUCACCAUAACUACUACUGAAUUCAAGCACUGGUCCUUGGAUGUCUGACCUCUACAUUCUAGUUUAUGCAAUGUCUUCAGAGAAUUCUGUGCACUGGCCACUGUGAUGGAACCAUUGGGCCAGGAGUGCUUUGAGUUUAUUAGUAGUGAUUCUGCCAAAGUUGGUGUUGUGACAUGAGUAUGUAAAAUGUCAAAAAUUAGCAGAGGUCUGGGUCUGCUUCUUAGCAGCUUUUUGGCAGUGUAAUUGGUAACCUUGAAGUCCUCACUGACAAGCUCUUCUGAUGUGAAGUUCUAAUUGUGAUGUUUCAGCCCUUUGCAUCUUUAAUGCUGACUUGUCUACAAGAGGUCUUUAUUCUUAAAAACUUCUUUUGUUUUCUGCAGUACUAUCUGUGCUUAACAGAGUAGAUUAUUCCUCUGCUUUAAUAUUUGAUAUCUUACAUCCAAAAGGAAUUUUGUCCAUAUAUAAAGUGCAUAGCCUUUGAAGAUGCGGAAAAUGGCAUUUUUCAGAUUUCUAAAAGUUCAAGUGUCAUGCAACAAAACAGGAACCCCCUUUACUCUUAUGGACCUCAUUUCAAUAUACUGUUUACAGUUUGACGGAAUUGUAUAAUUUAAUAUUUCUCUUGUACUGUAGUUUAUAUUUAUUUACGGAUUUUUUUGUACUGUGUGAUUUGAACUUUUUGUUCCUUGCUAUGAUCAAUGUUCAUGUAGUAGAGCACUUAUGAUCACAAAUUAAGUUUUUUUUUGUUUGAUUGCACUACAUUAAAUUUUUUAAUGCAGUUCUGAUUUUUGACUGGACUAAAAUAAGCUGUGUCUUAAUGUAUGUGAUGAGUACUUAAAACUUUAAUCCAUGUGGUCCCCUUUUUUUUUUUUUUUGCAUUGUAUGUCAGAAGCGCUAGUUCUUUCGUGCAUGUGUAAGAUUUAAUGGUUCCAUUGUAUUAUUUGACCAGGACAUUUUGGAGAAACAUUCCCAACUGUAAUGUUGUGUAUGGUAGUUCUCACUGGAUGCUAGACUUUUCAAAACCACUAUUCUUCUAAUAAAUUUUGUUGUGAAAAAACUGUUUUAAAAGCUUGGUUUUAUGCAUGUGGUAAUGAAAGUUGGUAAUUUUUUAUGAUAAAUUCUCUCCAGAUGAAAUCAUUUAGAUAACUAGAAGUUGCUCCUACAAAAUUGUGCGUCAGUAAUUAGGUGCAGCACUACCUUAUAGCUCAGUACGGUCAUGCGCCACAUAUCAUGCAUUUGGGCAGCGUCCACAUACAUAUAUCUGUGGUUCCAUAAGGGUUUUUUGUUUUUUAAAGGAAAAGCAGCUUUCCUUUUGUUUCUUGUUUCCUCCUAAUAGUUUUAAUUAGAUGGCAGUGGGUUUAGUUUGGGAAUGGUUUUAAAGACCACAAACCCCCAGAGUGAAUGAGCGGUGGGGUUCCAGGGUGCAUCCCAGUCGGUUGCAGCUCCUUCUCUGUCUGCUGCUUCUGCCUCCCCUCUUCCUGGCUUCAUUCGCUGGCCCAGCAGCGCUUGAAGGCUCCCGGCUCUGGGCAGCAGAGGCAGCUGCACCAACAGGGCAGCCACCACCAGCUAUGCUCCUGACGCCCACACACCGAGUCCCUGUCGCCACCUCUGCACCCCCCACACUGCAUACCCCACCAAUAUGUGCGCAAAGUCCCUAUCUGGUUGCCCAUACAGCUCUUGCCCGACAAGGCUGCCUCCUGUAUCCAGUGGAUACAGCUCUGGGCAUUGUUCUGCAAUUAGGCUGCAGUGGGGAUGGCAGGGCAGGACUGUUCCUGCUCCUCAAGUGGGUGGAACAGCAAACGGAGCUGGGCAGUAACCCUGGAGACUGCCUGUACAUAAUGUGUUCACACAACAUCCAAAUCAUGUAACGUCCCAUUUCACAGAAUUAUUGUGAAUGUUAAGCAGCACAUGACUGUACUUUUAAUUUGAUACUCCCCAUGGACGACGUCAGUUUUCUUCAUUGCACUAUAUAUUAAAAGUAGUCUUUUCACUUAAUUGAUAUUUUCAUAACAUUUUCUUCUGGCUGGACUUGGUUUUCCAUAGUUUCCUGAGAGUAAAACUUUAUGCUUGGAUUGCUUGCCCAAGGAGAAUAAUGAUUUAAUAAUUUUUGCAUGCUCUUUUCUUAAAGGCAUAAGUAUAAAAGCAAAAAUAUCUCAAGAUUAUUACAGUAAUUCUGACUUUUGGUGAGAAUGCUGGUAUUGCUUUUUACCAAGACAAAUAAACAACAGCGUAAUGAAAUGGCAGGGUAUUGUAUCUUGCUCAACAUUUAUAUUGUGGUUUUUAGAAACUAGGUGUAUAAAGAACUUGCAGAGUAUGAAGUGGUUUCUGUUGUAAAGUGGUUAAUAAGAAGAACUGAAUCGUAAUACAGAUUAGAAAUAACGCAAGGAAAAAAUUUUAGAAAGCUGCUUUUUCAAGCUGGUGAUGUAAUCACCCAUUAAAAAAAAAAAAAAAAAGGUUGCUGUCGAGUCAGCUCUGACUCAAAGCCACCCUCCAGGACAGAGUAGAACUGCCCCGUAGAGUUUCCAAGGAACACCUGGUGGAUUUGAACUGCCAACCUUUUGGUUAGCAGUCAUGGCAUUUAACCACUAGCCACCAGGGUGUCCCAUAAAUUACCCAUAGACUGGUUGAAAUGAUGUUUGGUCCUUUCUAAUGAUUUUUUAUAUUCAAAGAUGAUGCUAUUAUUGGUAGCUGGUGUUUUAGUCAAUAUUUUUUGCCUCAGGCAGCCUGGCUAUUUUACUCUUUCUGUCAUUUGGUCUGAUGUUUAUAAAAUCAAAAUUUUUGAUGAUACUAAAGCUUGUUGCCUUCAUUUCCCUGUACUCAGUUUUGCCACAUGUUCAUAGAACAUUUUUCUGGAAACCCAAUUAUUAUUUCUUUCUAAAUUUCAAAGCUACAACUAUUUGAUUUCUUAUUACCCAGUUAAAGCAGGUGGCCAGAUCAUUGUAAUAGGAUUAUAAUCUAGUAUCUCAUAAAUGAAUCUUUUUUAAGUGAUCCUAUCUUCAAGUUUUGGAGCCCUGCUGGCACAGUGGUUAAGCGUUUGGCCGCUAACCAAAAGGUCGAAAGUUCGAAUCCACCAGCCUCUCCCUGGAAACCCUGUGGGGCAGUUCUACUCUGCCCUAUAGGGUUGCUAUGAGUCGGAAUCGACUCAAUGGCAACAGGUUUGGGUUUGGGUUUUUUUGUUGUUUGUUUUGUUUUAUCUUCAAGUUGAUACUUAGUGAUAUUGCACUCUUCAGUUGUAUGACCUCUUCAAAAGAAAGGACUUCUUUCUUUUAAACCAGAAUUUUCUUCUCCGAUUCGUCUGAUGUUUUGGACUUAAUUCAGGGAUUGUUACGCCUUAACAAGGUGUAGGAAUCAGGAAAAUUACAUAAGAGAAACAGAGCUGCAUAAGGGAAAUGGAAUGGAAAACAGCAUAGUUUUCUGCCAUAUCCUGAGUUGAUAGAGUAGGUAGCUGUUCUUGUAUUCAGAGUGUCUAUCAUUAUUUGCUUCCAAAAGGUAAGCAUUUUGAUACUGAUUUUUAUUGUAUUCAACUUACUUGCAAGUUGUUGGGCUUUUUGUUGUUAAGUGAUGAUCACACUGCAUUUAUAACUGGAGUAGACAGGCUUGUUUCAGAAGUUGGUAGAAAAGAAAUAUUCUCAAAACAUUGUUUAAAAGCUUGAUAAGUAUAUAAUUAACAGUUUAUGAUAUAGUAUCAAAAUCCAUAAGUAUUAAAUCCUAUGAGUCUAGAAUUUUUAUAGGCAUGUAAGAACACUUUACUACUGUUUAGUGACUAGUGAUUUUAAAAUGUUAAAUUUACUUUUUGCUAACUUUCUUUGAUCCAGCAGUAUGGGAUGACAAGGGAUUAUUUGAUACUUGAAAUUUAUCUUUCAACUUGGUGUACUAGAAACUCUAUUAAGUGAGGGUGUCGGACUGAAUGGCUUUUCGGCCUCCUUUCAACUUUGAAUCUAUUAAAAAUGCAAUUUUUUAUUAAAUGUGAGACAAAGACAUAAAUUAUGUCUGUUCAAAAGUUUGUAAUUGCUGUAGCAACCCUUUUUAGCCCUUUACUAAAUAAUGGGAACUGCUGUUAGUAAAACUUAGGUCUCACCUUUGCAUUACAGUAUUUUCUUCAAAAAAAAAGUUCUAGAUGUCCUUAUAGAUACCUUUUUAUUUAAAACAAGUCCAUUUUGUUAAAUUUUCCUGAUGAACUAUGAAUGGGAUGAUACUUUUGCAAAAAUUGGCUUAAGGCAGUCUCAUUUUAUUCUGACCAGUUUUAAGAUAUGUUCUUCACAGUUUCUAUUUCUGUUAUGUGCAGGCUGGUUCUACCUUGAAUGUUAAAGCAUAAAUGGUCCUUGAAAAAAAAAAAAAAAAACCCAUUGCUGUUGAGUCAAUUCCAACCCACAGCAACCCUAUCGGACAGAGUAGAACUGCCCCCAUAGAGUUUUCAAGGACCACCUGCUGGAUUCAAACGGCCGACCUUUUGGUUAGCAGCAGUAGCACUUAAGCACUACACCACCAGGGUUUCCAGGGUCAUCUAAUAUAAUAAUUCUCAAUGAGAAUCAACUUUUUAAGAAUACAGGUGCUUGUAUUACACUGGAUCACUGCAUCAGUUUCUGGGAGUGAGGCUCAGACACGUUAUAUAUUCUCAAAAAGUUCCACAGGGGUGGGCAGGGGGUAAUGAACCCACUGAUGAAGUACUGUUGGUCUCAUUUCUCUUUCAUUUUUCAGGUGACAAACAGCUUGGGGAGUUGAAGGGUCUUGUCCUUCCUCCCACAACGAGGUGCCCUUUAAUACUCAUGAUUCCAAGCCAUUGUAAUUGUCCCUGUGGUAUGCUGACUCUGUCUAGAAUUAAAAUGAGAUUUUUUACCAGUUGCCAUCGUGUCAGCUCUGAUUCGUGGUGAUCGCAUGUGUGUCAGAGUAGAACUGUGCUCUGUAGGGUUUUCAGUGGCUGAUUUUUGCAAAGUAGAUCACUGGGACUUUCUUCCAAGGCGCGUCUGGGUAGACUCGAACAUCUAACCUUUCAGUUAGCAACUGAGCACGUUAACCAUUUGCACUACCCAGGGACUUCUUUAGAUUCAGUUUUAACUAAAUUUCAGCUGUUAAUUCAGUUUGACUCUUGAGUAAACUUAUACUGCUUUUUAGGAAGAGAAUGUCAGAACACCCCUUGGGUCAUCAUUAUCUGUAUUUAUUGAUGCUUUAUUAUGUCUACCAUAAGUUCUGUUACAUUUGGUACAGAAUGACAAUAAGACAAGUUUCUGGCCUCCUUGAAUUUAUAAUCUAGUUAUAUAAGACAUAGAUGCACACCAGUUACAGAACUACAUAUUACUUUAAAUCUAUAUUAUGAUUACCAGUAAAGAAAUUAGAUGCCAAGCUUACAAAACUUGAGUGUUAAACAGAGAUCAGUGUUACUUCCCUCAUCCUCUUUUAAAGAAUCAUCAUGAAGAAAUGAUCAUGAUGAGCAUUUUCUCUCACUUGGGAAAUGAGCACCUCUGCGCGUUGUGUAUAAGUAGUGUUAUUUUCUAGUUCAUCAUUGCCCCUGUCAUUUAAAUUAAAAAUUAAAGAGCAGUUUCCCCAAAGAGCAACAUAGAUUUUAAUCCCACUUGGGGAAAAGAAGUAAAUACAAAAACAAAAAGUGAAAUAGACCAGUUUCACUGACUUGUCAUGAACUCACAUGUAAUCCAGACCUUCUAAAAUGUCAGCUAUGUCUCUAACAUCCAGAUCUCUUUUUAACCUGGUUAAGGUUUCAAUAACUCAGUAAGGCUCAUGAUACUCUUUCAGUUCAAACCAGCCUAGGGAGGAGGUCUGUGUUCUUUGUCUGAAAUUAUUUUUUGCCUAAAAUCUAUUUCAAAGUGUUUUCUAAACAUUCUUAGUUACGAUAUUCAUUAGAUUAAUAAUUUAGGUUUGUAUUCUCACCAAAUCAGUAUUUAGUUAUAUCACUUAUGGAUAUCCCUUCCCUCACUUCCAAGAACUAUUACCAUUUUUUAAAUUUAUGGCAUCCUAUCCAAAACCCCAUGCCUUCCACAGCCUCUGAACUCCUGUCAUUUUUAUUUAUUUAUUUAUUUAUUUUUAGUUAACACCAAGUAUGGUAUGUUUGGUCUGGCAUAGUCUUAACUUGAGAUGAUAGAGUUAGAAAUAAAACUCAAUUUGGUGGGGGGGGGGGGGACUUUUAGAAGUAAAUAAUGUGGUGAAAGUUCUUGUUUAUGAGGCCACUACUUUCCUAGAGAGGGGAUGAAGGUUUUGGACUAUUGUGCUUAGUGACGUAACCCCUUGCUCAGACUUCUUGCUCACCAAAUAACAUACUAUAUUUUUACUUUCUUUAAAAAAAAAAAAAACUUUCAGAAGUAAA